AUGAUUACAGUAAGAGCACCAAUACGAUUGACUCGUACAUUACCAAGAGUUUUAUACUCUUCAUUCCAUACCACUAUCCCGAAAAGAACUUCAAAUGAUAUCGCAUUUGUAUUUGACAUCGAUGGUGUGUUAAUCAAAGGCAAGAAGAUUAUCAAAGAAGCAAAACCAGCACUCGAAUUAUUAAACGAGUACAAGAUCCCAUACAUUCUCAUGACCAAUGGAGGAGGAGUGCUGGAGAAACAAAAGGCCGAUACGAUUACCGAAAUAGUCGGGGUCCCCAUUUCUCCAUGUCAAGUUGUCCAAAGUCAUACUCCAAUGAAAGCUUUGGCUGUUAAUAACACAUAUAAGAGAGUAAUGGUCAUUGGUGGUAUUGGAGAUGCUGGGAGACGUGUGGCUGCGGAGUAUGGGUUUGACGAUGUUGUUUUACCUAUAGAUAUAGUAAAUUCAAUACCCUCCAUUUCUCCUCAUACUAUGUUUAAACAGGAUGAUCUUGAUAAGUAUGCCCGUGAAUUUGAUAUAUCGAAGCCAAUUGAUGCUGUUUUGGUUUUCCAUGAUCCACGUGAUUUAAACACCGAUGUUCAAGUUGUGCAUGAUAUUUUGAAUUCUGAAGGUGGGUUAAUUGGAACAAAAAGAAAGAUAACUGGUUCUCCUAAUCCAGCAAUCCCAAUUAUUUUUAGUAAUAAUGAUUAUGUCUAUGCAAAUGAUUUCAAUUUACCUAGAUUUGGACAAGGAGCUUACAAAAUAAUAAUUGAUCAGUUAUAUAAACACACGAACAAAUUAAAGGGUGAUCAGAAUAUGAAUUCACUUAUAAUGGGAAAACCUUUUAAAGUACAAUAUGAUUUUGCUCAUCAUGUGUUAAUUGAUUGGAAAAGGAAAAUAGACACCCGUGAUUUUAAUUCAAAACAAGUUUUACCUGAUUUGGGGGCGGUGCCUAAAGAUACCCCUUUUAGAAAGAUUUACAUGGUUGGCGAUAACCCCGCCUCUGAUAUCCAAGGAGCAAACGAUCAUGGUUGGGAAUCGGUAUUGUUGAGAACAGGGGUCUAUCAAGAUGAGGAUUGGGAAAAUAUUAUUGCCAAGCCAACUGUUGGGAUUUUUGAUCACGUACAUGAUGCAGUAAAUGAAAUUUUGAAAUCAAAUAGGAUUGUAUAG